AGAUCAUAAAAAGCUACGUGGUGCUUCACGCCUCCUGACAGCGCCCGCGCCAGACGGCAGCCCCUGUCGUAACGGCGCUCACGCGGAAUCACCGAGGUCUGCCUCCGAGGGAGGCUGCAGCCGUCCCGGUCCACAUUGUGCCGUGAGACAGAUCGUGUGGCCUUAGAGGGGUUCCAGUUGUGUGACCAGCGAGGACUGGCUCUGAAUGAGUUCGAGCUGUCCGCUCCGGGGGCGGGCACGUGGUCCCACACCGCUGUGUGACCACAUGCUGUCUGUGCCCGUCAGUUCUCCGGAGCCUGAGGCACCCCCACAUGCAGCGCCAUCCUCACGGGGGACAGGGCCCGAGGCCCGUGGCUCAGGAAGGAUGCACGCCCUGCCCGCCCCCUGCCCCCAGAGCUAGACCCCCCGGCCUCAGUGCACGCAGGACAGCGCUGGCAACGUCACGCUGUUUUCAUCACUUCCGUCCUGAAAACCCUCUGAUUUGGGGGCCAAAAGACAGCGCGGCGCAGCUGAGUGCUUGACUGUCCGUUAUCGUUCAGAUCGACGCAACAGCCUCUCAGUGUUCACCCCGAUGGGCUCCAGGCCCGGGGCUCUCUUCCUGCUCCCGUCCCACCUUCGCGGGUAGACCUCAGGGCACUGGCCCCUUCCCCGUGGUACCUUGGGCGCCACCUGGAGCUGUCAUCCACGUUAGAAAUGGUCGUCACUUCGAGGUUGGGGAUCAGCAGCCACUGAGAGAGGCUCCCUGUGGGGUCCACGUGCCCGCGACAGGCAGCACGGCCGCCUCAGGGCGAGGGGAGCCCUGUGUCCUCCAGGCAGGGAGCGGGUGCCCUCAGCUACAGAGGUCUGUUCUCAUCCAUACCAGCCGAGGAUGUCAGCUCUUUCUGUCGGAGUUUGCGGGGCCCCUGCCAAGGGCCAGAUACCCCGAUGCAGCCCUCCCCCCCUCCUCCGGUGCCAGAGGUGAAGACUGGGCAGGAUGCGGGGACCAGACGCAGUGGAGUCUUCUGGGCUGUGUGUUCUGCGGGAGCCCAUGGGAGUGCCGCCUGCGGGAGCUAGUCUCGGCCCUGAACGUGGGGACCCUGAGGUUUUACUGAGGGGGUUGGGCGUUCUAGGCAGAUUCUAGAGUUAACCCACCCUCAUGCCGAAUGCACGGUUACGCGUUUCUCAAUCAACCAGCUCUUGAACCAAAUACGGCCAGUGGAGACGCAGGCCCUUCCCCCGGGGCCCUCUGGGCUCCUGCCGUGAGCCGGCGGCCACCCCCGCCCCCGCAGGGCCCUUUGUCUGUGGUGUCGACCUGACCCUCCCUGGCCCCUCUGCACCCCUGAGUGUCACCAUGGGCAGCCAGUCCGGCGGCAUGGGCGACCACAGGGCUGACCCACCCGUCCCCAGCAGCUGGGGGACACGCUGUUCCCAUACCCAGUUUCCUCAUUCCUGCACCCAAUUCCUCCACGCUUACGGGCAGAAGGCAUUUCCCUCGCUCUGCCAAGAACAACCAUGCGGGUGUCACACAGCCCUCGGGGACGCCCUGUUUGCUCAGCUCCGGCCGCAGGAGGAGCCGUGGACGGACACGGUCUGGUUCUUCGGAUGCAGGCCGUCAUGCAGGUCCCUGACAUCGGGACCCUCAGAGACAGGUCCCAGAGCCCCGUGGGGCUGAGGAUCGCAGCCGGCGGAGUGGAGACAGCAGGCUGACAGGAGUCCCGGGGGACGGCAGGGCCAGCGAGGCUGGGACCCAGCUCAUCUGGGGAUUUGCGGCCAUGGGCCAGGAGCAAGCCCUGGGGCAGCAGUGCGGAGACCAAACUGGCAUCAGGCUGGCAACGUCGGUCAUUUUAAGAAAGAAGAGAUGAGUCGGUGGCGUGUGCCCACCUGGCCAGCAGAAUGGACACAGGCCUGAGCGCUGGGCUCUCGGUGGCCCUAUGGGUUCAGGCAGAGAGAAAAGCUGGCUGCUGUCACGUCCUGGGUCACCUGGGAGCCAGACGGUCCUCUCCAGUGUCGCCCGUCCACCACGCAGUUUGCGAUGGGCCCAUCACUUCGUAAAUACAACGGAAGCGAUUGUACCAGACGAGGGGCCCAAGGACGCGCGGCCCUGGAGAAGGGGACACGGGGUGAGACUGGCCUGUGGUUGGUCUGGGCCAGGCCCUGGGUGGCAGGCCGGGCGUCACCUGCCCUCCAGAGGUGGGCCCUCGCCGAGUCUGGGGAUGGACAUCAGCCAGUUGGCCUGGGAGCCCACAAUCCACCAAGCUGCUGGGGAAACGUCCUUGUUGCCCUCGGGUGACAAUGACCCAGAGCAGCCAGAUCGGCCACGAUCGUCACUGCCUCUGAAGAGCACCUGUCUCAGGGAUUGCGAGGCGGCCCUGGGCCCUCCGGUGUCACCUUACCCUUCGUACUGGCCCUCAGUUCGGACCCCAGCCAGGGCCCCACGCUGCCCAGGGUCUGGACAGGCACGUGUCUGCUGGAGCACAGGACAGAACGGGAGCCCGCGGAGCCCCCCGGGAGAUGUUUACGGUCCGCACGGGCCUUGCAGAAAGGCCGCCAUGGCUUGUCAAGGAACAGAGGCACGAGCGCACCCACACGAGGGCUGGAGGGACAGCUGGCAGGCUGAUGGGAGCCAGGCCGUCUCGCGGUUCUGCCACGUGACAGGCAUGAUGGGCGAGGCAGAGGACGUCUGGUGGCGUCAGGCAUCCGCUCCUCUCUGAGGUUCCCCGGAGACCUGGGGGGUGAGCCCUGGAGAGCCAGGGCCGGCCCUCUCCCGACGACCUGCCACUCCAGUGCCCACCAUGCCAGCCCGCCUGGGUUCUCUGCCCGAGUGGCUCCGGGCUGAGCGGCUCCAGGACAGAGGCGUCCCUUCCUGCCCAGCCCACCCAGCACAGCUGUAGCCUGAGAGAGGGUUCUCGGAGCUCUGCUCUCCUGCCAGCACCCUGGAGCCCACUGCUGCCCAAGGUCAGGCUCUGUAGUCAGGGACCGUCCCUGGGAUCAGGAGCCUCGGUGGCCCGUGAGCAGCUCUCCCCACACUCAGCCCCCGGGAGGGCUCCCUGGGACGGUGUCCACCAUCGUCCCUGAAGCAGCUGGCAGUUGUCUGGUGAUCAACACUCUGGGCCAGACCUGCCUGACCAGUGCUCCCCGAACCCCUGCAACAAAGAGGGGACCCAGGUCUGCCAGGACCUCAUGGGCAACUUCUACUGCCAGUGCAGGGCUGGCUGGGGCGGGCGGCUCUGUGACAGAGAUGUCAACGAGUGCAGCCAGCAGAACGGGGGCUGCGGCCAGAUCUGCUCCAACAAGCCAGGCAGUUUCUACUGCGCCUGCUACAGCGGCUACACGCUUGCCCCCGACGGCAGGACCUGCCACGACGUGGAUGAGUGUGCAGAUGGAGGCGCCUGUGGGGAGGCUCACUGCAAGAACUUGCCGGGCUCCUACUCCUGCGUGUGUGACGAGGGUUACGUGUUCAGCUCCCCAGACAAGGCCUGCCGAGAUGUGGACGAGUGUGCAGAGGGUCGCUGUGAGCAGGCCUGCGUCAACUCCCCGGGGGGCUACGCCUGCCACUGUGACGGACGCGGAGGCCUCAAGCUGUCCCCGGACAUGACCACCUGUGAGGAUAUUUUGCCCUGCGUGCCUUUCAACGUGGCCAAAAGCGUGAAGUCCUUGUACCUGGGCCGCAUGUUCAGUGGGACGCCCGUGAUCAGGCUGCGCUUCAAAAGGCUACAGCCCACCAGGCUGGUCGCCGAAUUUGACUUCAGGACCUUUGACCCUGAAGGCGUCCUCUUCUUUGCUGGAGGCCAUCAGGACAGCGCCUGGAUCGUGCUGGGCCUGCGGGCCGGCCGGCUGGAGCUGCAGCUCCGCUACCAUGGUGUGAGCCGCGUCACCAGCAGUGGGCCUGUCAUCAACCACGGCAUGUGGCAGACGAUCUCUGUGGAGGAGCUCGAUCGGAAUCUGGUCGUCAAGGUGAACAGAGACGCAGUCAUGAAGAUCGCAGUGGCCGGGGAUCUGUUUCAGCUGGACAGGGGGCUGUACCACCUGAACCUGACCGUGGGAGGCAUUCCCUUCAAGGAGAGAGACCUGGUGCAGCCUAUAAACCCCCGUCUGGACGGCUGUGUGAGGAGCUGGAACUGGCUGAACGGCGAGGACACCACCAUCCAGGAGACGGUGAAGGCCAACCCCAAGAUGCAGUGCUUCUCCGCAACCACGAGAGGGUCCUUCUUCCCUGGGACCGGGUUUGCCUUCUACAGCCUGGACUUCGCUCGGAACCCCGCGGACGCCGGCACGGACACAACCUGGCAGAUAGAGGUCACGGCUCGGAUCCGCCCUGCCACGGACACAGGCGUGCUGCUCGCGCUGGUGGGUGGUGACCACACGGUGGCCCUCUCCGUGGCCCUCGUUGACUACCACUCCACCAAGAAGCUCAAAAAGCAGCUGGUCAUCCUGGCCGUGGAGAGCGUCACCCUGGCCCUGAUGGAGAUCAAGGUCUGUGACGGCCAGGAGCACCGUGUGGCCGUCUCCGUGCGGAAGGAUGAGGCCACCCUGGAGGUCGACGGCACCAAGGGCCAGAGCGAAGUGAGUGCGGCGCACCUGCGGGAGCUCCUGGCCGCACUCGCGACGCACCUGCAGGGCUCUGUGCUCACCUUCGUGGGCGGACUGCCAGAUGUGCCCGUGACCGCAGCACCAGUCACGGCCUUUUACCGCGGCUGCAUGAUGCUAGAGGUCAACCGGAAGGCGCUGGACCCGGACGAGGCCGUCUACAAGCACAGCGACAUCACGUCCCACUCCUGCCCCCCCGUCGAGCAGGCCACCCCCUAGGCCGGCAGGAGGAGGGGCGGCCGGUCCCCCCGCCCCCAGCGAGAGCAGCUGUGGACAUUGUGCCCCCCGCGGGCCGAGGUUCCUCCGAGACUGUUCUGUGCCUGUAACGUACAUGUACACGGCCGAGGAGCUGAUGUCGGCUGCACGAAGCCACGGCCCCAGCCCCAGCGGAGACCGGGGCUGCACACGCCGGAGCGGACCCAGGAAAAUAAUUCUGUUAUUUUAUUACCGAUGCUUCUUUCUGGCCUAAAGUAUGGAAAAAUAAAAUAUUUAGAGAACCCUU